AUUUGUCUAAGUGUACAAGGAUUAGAUUAUGAAAUUUCAGAAUGGGUAAUAACUAGUCUUUAUUUUGCAGUUGGGUACCCGCUAACUGUUUUAGGUGGAAUCCUUGGGAAAAAUGGCAGAAUUGAAUUUAAUUUCCCAUGCCGAACUAAGAAUAUAGCAAGGGAAAUCCCUUCGGUUCCUUGGUACCGUUCACCAUGGGCACACUUCACCGUUGGAGGAUUUCUUCCUUUCAGUGCGAUUAGUGUUGAGAUGUACUACAUCUUCUCUACUUUAUGGGGUCGUGAGCAGUAUACCCUGUACGGAAUCUUAGGUGUUGUGUUUGUUAUUCUACUUAGCGUCACAGCUUGUGUGUCCGUUGCUCUCACUUAUUUCCAGCUUGCAGCAGAGGAUUAUAGAUGGUGGUGGAGGUCCAUCUUUAGUGCUGGAUCAACUGGUGGCUUUGUUUUGAUGUAUUGCUUUUUCUACUACAUGAAGAGGUCCAACAUGUCAGGUGGUCUUCAGACAAUUCAGUUUGUAGGAUGGUCAAUCCUCACCUGCUAUGUCUUCUUUUUAACGCUUGGCACAGUAUCAUUCUUUGCCUCCCUUUCAUUUGUGAAGUAUAUAUAUCGUAACAUCAAAAUGGACUAAUUUUUUAUGUUGCAACAAAAGAUUUUCAAGGAGCAUAUAGUAUACUACGUACUACUGUACUGUACAUUGAUGAAUUGCAUGUCUGGUAAAUGCACAAACGUUGAAAAAUGUAAAGAUUUUUACUUCUGUGACUGGUACAAGGAUUUCUCACUACCAUUCUGAUAUCUGAAUUACAGUACUCAUUAACAUUCAGAUAAUAUUAAAUUGACUACUCGAUAGGGUUCUUUUAAAGCUUUGGAAAUAUAUUCUUGAACAAAAUAUAUUAAUUUGUUUUAUACUAGGAGUCAGUGUUUUCAAUACCUUGGGAAUGGUGAAAAUAUUUUGUAACAGCUGUUAAAAAGGUAUUCUGAACUUCUUACAUAUCAAAGUCAGUGACUGUAUAUGUUAACAUGAUUGAAGAUUUUGUUGGUAGGAUACAAGGCUUUAAAGCAGCAAAAGUUCCUUAUACUGCCAGAAGAAUUUAGUAAUUCCUUUUACAACAAUAUGAGUACUUUAAGAGUUUCAAACACUGCUUGCAUUCUUCAUUCCAUCUGAACUUUUGUUGUGUUAUGAUCCUUGAGGUGGUGAGAACUCCUUGGCUCCUGGUCAUUUUGUUAUGAGAAAGGAAAAAUUUUCUUGUUAGAUGUGCAGUUUUUAUUGACAUGAAAUUUCUUUUUGUUAGUGUAGAUAUAGAGUCAAAUUUAAUAUUUAUUCGCUAGGUAUAAGUUUUUAAUUGGUAAGACUUGCUUACCAAAAGGUUUGGGAAACCUUGAAUGUGAAGGCUACUUAUUCACUUUGUUGUAACUACACUAUAUCACUUAAAAGGGAACAGUGGUGUUCGGAUGGCUUGAGUUGAUGGAAAGUUGUUAUUUUGCUUUGAAAGAUAUGUCAUUGUGCUUAGAAAAAGUAUUUACCUCUUUUGAAAGUAAUGAUAGUUCUUUUUUACAUAUUUGUCACUGAUCUAGUACUAUGGAAAUAUUCUCAUCCAUAGACACCACUGUUAAAGAACGGACAAAGUGUGAUAAAUGAAAUACAUUAGGUAGUCUAUUCAACAACUGAACAGGGAGUGUGAGUGUUGUUUAUUUACUUGAAAUUGUGCCUUAAUUGUUAGAAGUUUGUAAAACUAGUAAUCACAACUUUGUUUCUGUCACCUUGUAACUUAUCACUUGCAAGAAUGGGUUUCCAAGAGAUUCAUUUCAUUUACUGCUGUGCGUGUUUUUGUGCAUAAUAGACUUUUAGAUUGUAAGGUUAGUGAAUGCUUCUAUAGUGAUGUGUAUUUCAUGUUAUGCAAGUAUUCAUAUUGAAAUUAUUUUCUGUAAUAAUCAAGGGUUGCUUUUAUAUUUCUUUGCACUUCUGAAACUACCGAAGAAAGCCAAGGAUUUUGCACACUACACACCUUUCGUAUUAUAUCACUUCACAGCUUUUUUCAUGGGCAUUAUAGUUUGCUUUUCAUGAGAGUGUACACACAGUACAUCAAUAAUGAGGAUUUUGAUGGCUGGUAGGACUGGAUACUAUAAAUCAAAGGUAAAUUUAAAAAACUGUAUCUGAAAUAUUCGUAAUCUACAUGUAUGUACUCUUUACUGGCUUUACAGAACAGGUUUUGCUAAAAUAGUAUUACAAUAUUUGCAAUAAUCUGUGAAAAAAUAUUUAAGUGUUUUUUGUUAGCCUACAUUACUUAAUUGCUCAUAUUUUGAUUUUGCGUAAGUUUUGUGUACUGAGAGCACUUUGAGUUUUGAGUGAAUAGCAAUGCUUAUAGGUUGUAUUUUACUUUGUGCAAUAAUUAUGAAAAUAAUGCCAACACAAGGUACAUGCUAGCACAAUCUGCACUGGAAACAAUGAAAGCUGCUUUAAUACCUAGUUGUCUGAACUUUGAACUAGUUUCGCAGCAUGCUUAGUAUCAAAUUGGUUUCUUUGAAUUACUGUAUUUUUAUUGUGUUUAUCCCAUACUCUGAAUUUAUUAAGUUAGGUCUUGAAGGGGACAGGCUGUUAAAAAACUAAGAAAUAAAAGGAGACAGGCCAUAAAAAAAAUUGAAAUUACUUUUCACAGGUUCUGAUGACAUUCCUCUUUGUAUAUUGGGUACAGUAUUUUAUAAUAAUUUGUCAUAGUUUUAUGGUUUUGGAAGAUUUUUCACCUCCACCCCCUACAAACUAGGGUGUAUGACACAUACUUGGGAUGUGCCAUAAAAGAUUUACAAAUGGCAUUUUCCCAACUGUUGCUGGGCAAAUUUUCUUUUGGAGGACAAGAAAAAAAAUUAAAAGAUUUAUAUUGUACAAAUCAACAAAGUUCACUGAAAUUUCUGUAAAUUACAGUAUAAUUAAAAUGUUUAAUAAAAAAAUUUUUAUGUAAUAAUUUAUGGGAACAGGUACUUUAGUAGUAGUAAAAGUUGAAAUUCUUUUGCAUGAAAGGGUCACAGGUGGGGUUUCUGAACUGUCUGGCUGCCAUGAAAAGAUAUCAAAAUAGGGAAAGUUGGGUACUGAUUUGCUAACCUUUAUGACUUAAGGGUAAAGACAAUGCAUUAUUUUAAUUUACAUUCUAUUGUUUUUCCAGUGCUUGCUUGGUCUUAUUUAUUUACAUUAUUCAGUGUUUAUUUUUGUCUGUUGUAGGCAGUUUACUGUAAUUACAGUCUUCAGGUAAUUCUGUUAUUAUGUUGCAUUGUACAGUAUUUUGUAUCUCUCCAGAGACUGAAUUGUGUCCAAUACUUAAUGCAUUUAGUCAAAUGACGUGAGUCAUGUUUUGUGUGGCAUUAUGAUGUUGCUCUUGUGGUCUUCACGUUGUCAUUGAUACAAGAAGUGUUGUCUUUCUGUCCAUUGUAAAGAACACUCAGCACUAAUCCUCUUAAAAUUUGGCAGUCAUUUUGCUUGAUCAAUUGCUUUGUUUAAUUUUAGAUGAAAGAGUGGGGUUUCACAACCCCCUUUUGUUACCAAAUGAGAAUACAGUACUGUAGUAUAAAUGAUUUAGGAUUAUACAAAAUUUGAUCUAUCAGAAGUUAACCUGAAGGAAAACAUGACAAGGUACAAAUUAUUGCACUCCCCCAGGGUGGUGUGCAGUUAUUGACAGAGUACAGAGAUUAUCUGCUAAUGUUUGUGCACUUUGUUUUGAAAAUGCUGAUUAGUUUUUCACUUUUUUGUUUAUAGUGGCAGAGUAGGCUUGUCUUUUAUUUUCUGAUAUUUUGUACCUGGCUUGGGAGAGAUUUUUUCCAUAUUCUAUAAUUUAUUUUCUUACCAUGAGAGAGAAAUGGGGAAAACCUCUCACAUUUGUUUUUGAUGGUACACUUGCACUGCAGAUACUUCUCAGGUUACUCACGAAUUGACAAUGCAUUUUUUUCUGUAUAUUUUGACUUCUUUUUCAAGCGUGUUUUGUCUUACAAUAACUUUGACAAUAUGGAGGGUAGCAUUGAUUUGAUUUUGCUACAAUAUAUAGUAGAUUUACUCCCAGCAACUUAUUACUAUUAUUUACACUUCAGCUGGGAAUACUUGACAUAUUGUACCUAUAAUUCCCUUGUUGUGCUCCAUAUGAACUAAGACUGGAAAAAUAAUUCUUGAGAGCUUUUUUAAAGUUCAUAUGCAAUAAAUACAUUUGAUGCCUAUUAAAAAUUCAUAAUUAUCCAUUUCUAUGAGAAUGGAAAUUUCACAUGUAAAAUGUUAUUUUACAGCAUUUGUUUGACAUUGGCUUGAUGAGUAAGCUUCCUUUUGGUUAAAUGUUUUCUGUAAGUACAGAAUAAAGCCUUGAAUACCUCAUCUAUUUAUCUGGAAGGGUCAGUUAUCAUUUUUACUGUUGUGCUCCUAAUAUAAUCAAAGUAACUAUUGUGUAGUUCACAUAAAUUGAAAGUUUUACUUUUAAAAUAUUUAAUGUACAGUAAAGUUUUACUUUAAAAUACUACUGUAAUAUAGUAAUGAUCGUGAUUUUCGGUAUUUUCAAUAUAAAAAAAAUGUUUAGUGUCUCUUUAAGCAGUGUUGUAUAAACAUGUAGGUAACAUUCUCUCCAUUCUCUUCAUUUUAUUUUGCAAGGAACUGCUUCUGGUAUAGUAUAAAUGCGUUUUCUUGCUGUUAAAACAUUAUUGGUAGAUUCAUGAAUAAUCAACUAACCCUUGCAUAUUUAUAAAAACAACCUAGAUUAUUUUUCACUACAAAGUCAGUUUUCUACAAAAUAUAAUACAGAAGACUUACAUAGUACGUAUUGUUAAACUAAACUGUGUAUAUAAGGCACAGCUGAUCUGCCACACUUGACUCUUAAUGGGAAGGGAGCAUGAUUAUAGGCAAAUAUGUACUGUGUCACAUUAAUUCAGUGCAAAAAUGCACUACUAGAAUAGUCAAGUUUUAAGGUAUAAGAAAAAAGGCUUACUUUUUGUUUUUCUUACAGAAAACUAAUUUACCCUCUAGGCAAGAUAGAUCGCAUACAUAAUUAUGUCAGCUACCUAAACUCAAUAAGCAUAUCUUACAUGACUCCCAAAUAUAUGUACUUAAUUUAUUACAUCACCAGUAACCAUAUUCUAAUCUUGUAAAAUGUCUAGCCAUUUGCUUAUGAGAAAGUCUUUAAUUUUUGUCCUAGGAAUGAGAAGACUGGAUUUACUCAGCUAUAUUUGGCUGUACAUAUAACAUUGUAUAUUGUUUUGUAUCAAGAUGUAGCCAAACUUUUGACAAAGAUUUAUUUAAGACAGGGUCUCUUCAAAUAUGAAUACUACAGUAUUUCAAAAUGUAUAACGUUAGCCCAAGUGUAAUAUAUCCUAGCCUAUGAUAGUAAUGCUAAAAUAUUCAAGGUUGGGAAUCAAAGGGAAUUGAAAUGCAUGUUAACCUUUCCCAAUAGAUUAAUGAAUAAGUUUUACUAAAAUGACUUUAGUACUAGUUGUAAUAUGUUUUCAGCGUUUAUUCUUACAUUAAGAUUACCUAAUAAAGAUCUAUGCCUGUUUGGAUCCCUUCGCUCCACUGAUGCUGGUUAAGAGGCUGUCACUAUUUUGGCUCAAUUUUAACAAAAAAGUUUCCAAGUCAGAUGCUGCACUAAUAAUAUCAACUGAUUUGAACUUUGUUCUUAAGAUUGCUGGGAGAGAAAUGCAUAUCUCAUUAUUGAAUAACUAUAAGAUUAUCCUGUACAUUGCUUGUAGAAUUUAGGAGGUUUAUCAUUUGUAGGUUUACUAUAGAUGUGUGUAUAGAUUUUUAUACUAAAAUAUCAUGACUGGAGGUGGAUGUAAACUGUUGUGAUAUACCUGACAAAAAUGAACUAUUUUUGAAGGGUAUCUAGUACAUGUGGUAACUAGGGAGUAGUGAAAUUUGUCACUUUUUUGGGUGGUGGGAGAUGAAUUCUUGAACUGAUUGGGAGUUGAAAUCAAGGGUAUAGUAUACUUUGUUUGUUGUUGGCUGUAAAGGUUGUAUGUUAAAUGCUUUCAUUAGUGUGUUACAGAGGAAAGGCCAGCUGGGCUUAUAUUUGAUUUGAUUUUGUCUGCUUUUUUUUUCUUCAUGCCAAGUAAUUCUUUGCAUGAGAAAACCUAUAUCAUAAUCUUUUGGAAAUAUAUUUUUCACUUUCAAAUUAUUGCUCAUUCAGAUCUUAUAUAGGCUACUGUAUUUAGCAUAGGUGUUGCAGAGUUUUAAUUGGUCAUACGGUUUUUUAUUUUUCAUUUACUACAAUGUUGUAAUAAAUACAUACUGACACUGAGACAAUGA